CGUUAAUAUCUGUCAACUAUUAUAAAAUAGGCCGCCCAUAGUCAUUGCUAUACAUAUGGCAUUAUAAAUUCUUGGACCUUAUUAAUUCAUUGAGGAACCAUUCAUUUAGUUACUAAAGCAUGGGUAAAACCAGGCGAUGACGUUGCUGCUGGUGACUGCACUCCAACUGGAUUUACAUGUAAGAACGUCCCGUGAUUGGCGAAAUAAGGAGGUAGUAUUGGAAUUCUACAUCGAUCGCUUCUUCCAUCAAUUUUAACUCAUUUGAGGCAAUUCAUGCAACAGUAUAUAAAAUCAUUCAUGCGGAGGCUGCAAUUACAAGAUAAUCUACCCUAACUAGAACAAUUGUCAUAACCCUUGACCAGUAACUUCGCCACCGUUAUCACACCUAGUCGCUUCGUUUGACCAAUCGGGGAUUCAUCAGCUAUUAACUGGUAUGCUGUUUCGGCAGCACUCUUUGACCCGAGUUUGUGUUUCUUCAAACAUUGAGUCAUUAUUAUUGAGUUUGGCAAGGCAAGUUUUCGCGUAAUUCGACCUGUGAAUUGUAUGAGUGAGGAGUUACUGACUGCACUUGCAUUUACACGGGGGCUUUGUAGACGAAUUUUGAAAUGGCACUGGCUCGAAACAAGAGUUACGUCCAUACACCUAACAACCAGUCAUUUAUUGGAUUGACGAUGCAUGAGCUGCUUCAGGAGAGAGUAGAGAAACAUCCUGACAGAGAAAUGCAUGUGUUUGUUGAUGACAAUGAACGAAUCACCUUUACAGAGUAUAAAAGGAAGGUUAUUGAUCUUGCGGCUGGAUUUUUAAAUCUUGGGUUUUGUAAAGGAGACUGUAUAGCUGUCCUGGGCUAUAACCACAUGGAAUGGCCUUUGAUUGCCGGAGCAUCCCGAGCCAUUGGAGUAAUUAUGGUGUGCUUACAGAUUGGCAACACACCUAAAACAUUAAAAGAAAUGAUGCGAAAGACAUCCUGUAAGGCACUUUUUAUAACUCGCAGUCCUGAAACCCUUUACUCAGAUGUAUGUACAAUGAUACCGGAACUAAGUACUAGUAGUACUGUAAACGACCUACACUCAAGUGACAUUCCAACAUUAAAAAUGGUCAUAGCUGCCGGUGCCAACCACCAGAGUGGAACGAUGUCUUUUGAUUGUAUAUCUAUUCAUGGAUGUGAGGAGAAAGUUUGCAGAGAAGCUCGUAAGCUCACAAUUGAUGACAUUAGUCAUAUGUGUAUGACAUCGGGUUCUACUGGAAUACCAAAGCUAACGCCAUUUUCACAUUUUCAAGCGAUAAAUGGAAAGCAGUUAUUGAAAACAGAUUUUGAGAAUCAGGUUAACAAAUUUGCCUGUUCAGGCAACAUAGCAUACAGUCAAGAUAUUCAGUUUAGUCAGGUUGCUCCUCUGGUCAUAGGAUCCACAUCUGUAUAUACAUCACCGAUCUACUCUUAUGAGAAAUUUGUACAGGGUGUUGAAAUUGAAAGGUGUACAUUUUUCAGUUUAAUGAUUAAUGGUAUCAUUGAUUUAGCCUACAACCCUAUUAACGAAAAGUAUGAUUUAUCGUCGUUGAAAGCAGGCACUUGCGGAGGUUCACUUAUUCCUGAGGCUGUUGUCACUCACUUGUGGAAAAAACGGGGCAUUCGUACGCUUAUUGAUUACGGAACAACCGAGAUAAAUACCGCAUGCUGUUUACAACUAGACGACAAGCCAGAAACGUAUGCAACAGUUGGUAAACCGAUGCCGAGCGUCGAGGUUCAAAUCGUUAAUGAAAAUGGAAUUACUUUAGAAGUUGGUAAAACAGGUGAAAUCUGGGUCCGAAGUCCAGUGGCUUUCAACGGGUACUAUGAUGAUAUCAAGAAAACAAAAGAGGCAGUAACCAAAGAUGGUUGGUACCGGACAGGGGAUCUCGGUACACUUAACUCCGAAGGAUAUCUAACUGUAGUUGGAAGAAUUAAGGAUUUAAUAAUUUGUAAUGGUAUAAAUAUACAUCCGUCGGUGGUAGAAAUUGUACUUACAAGUCAUCCAUCAGUCAACAAAGCUAAGGUUGUUGGCAUACCUGACUACAGAGUGGGAGAAGACGUAUGUGCAUGUAUAAUAUUACAUGGGUGUACAACUGUUAAUGAAGAGGACAUACUUAAGUACUGUGUAGAGAAGGUAAUAAACAUAUUGCGUUUAUAUAAUGAUCAAACGUACGAAAAAGAAUUAAAUUAAACUUUUAAGCAUGGUUCCAGAGGAAAUUUUGUUUUGAUUGUUGUAGAACUGUUUCUAGGACACGUAAGGCAUAUUUUACAAAAAAAAAACAAAAAAAACAAAAAAAAAAAACAAAAAAAUUGAAGGCUGUUAAUGAGAUUUUUUAAUAUUAAAAAAAUUGGGGCAAAAGGUUAAAACAAGGUUGGUUGGUCCCCAGGUUUUUAAAUAUUAACAAAUCUGUAUCUCAUUAACUGAGUUUUUUGUCAAACAUGCUUUUUAUAUCUUAGAUAGAAAAUCAGUUUUACAGCAUAUCAAACCAAAGAAUGUCCUCCGGAGCGAGUCUGCUUUAAAUAUAUGAGGCUGUUACCUUAGAUAGCCUGCAGCUGUACAGAAAAAAAAAAUCAGAAGACGUUUACAAUGGCAAGAUUCACUGUGACGAAGCUCGAUGUAUUACAGAAACUACAAAAACACGACUUGUCCAAGUACUGGCCUUCUCCAGUUAACUUUAACAGAAUUAACGCUUUCAAAAUUUAGCUGACGUAAAAUGCUGAGAAUCCCAUGGACGGCAAAAAUGUGUACUCCAGAAAAUUGAACCGAAAAAAAAAAAAAAAAAAAAAAAAAAACGGGCUAAAAUACACUUUCAGGCUCUUGGUUAACUCGGUAGACUCACAUAGACAGACGACAAGGUAACACCUUUUGUAAAAGUUCUCAAGCAAUGUAAAAUAGAUGGCUCUAAAGACGGAGGCGUCGUAGGGGCAGGUGUAUCAACAGGUUGACAUCUUUAAGUGGCCAACCACACUAUUAAUAGUGCGGACUGACACAAGCGACGUACAGUCUGCCAUAAAACCUAAACUUAAACUUAAGCUCAAACAUGAUGAUGACAUAAACAAAUAAUUAUAUCUAAAUAUGUGUUAUUAUCGGUUUACCUUGCCUAUGAUCACUACAAGCAUUCGAUAUCAUUAUAAUAACAUGAUUGAUUAUUGUAUUUUUGUAUAAUUAUUUUUAUUGGCUUUUUACAUUUCACUGUACAUUUUUUUUUUUCGAAGAUGUACCCACUAUUUUGUUUUAGCCUUUAACCCACGGUUUCGCCUUCAAUACUAUUUUUUGUGUCAAAAUAAACCAAAAAUAAAUGAAUAUAUAACCUUUAGUCAUAAUUCAAUCAUUCAUUCAAUCAGCUAACCAAUCAAUCAUUCAUUCAAGCAACCGAUCAAUCAAUCAAUCAAGUAAUCAAUCAAUCACAUUCAUUCAAUCAAUCAGUCGAUCAAUUGACCGAUCGACUGACCGUCACAGCCAAUCAGGUUUCAGACCUGGACAUUCCACCCUUAUAGCAGUACCACUACUCAAAACUCAUAGUUUUCCAGCAUUGAUAAAGGGCAUUUUGUGGGAACCGUCUUUAAUUCAUUGAUUUCAAAAAAGCAUUUGACCUGGUUACCACGACAUCUUCCUUAAUAAACUCCCCAAUUACUUACAAUUUUUUUCCCCGCCAUCCAACUACUUAAUCUUUGCAUUCAUGAAGGACCGCCUCCAGCGUGUUUCCAUCAACUCAAAUAAAUCAACACCUCUCCCUGUUGCCUUAUAGGUAUACCACAAGGAUCUCUCGUCGGCCCCCUCUUAGCUACUCUUUUUAUUAACGACCUUCAUGUUUUUAUUCCAAUUCCAAUACCGCUAUGUAUGCAGAGGAUACUAUAAAUUAUUAUUCAGACCACUCACUCAACACUAUUCAAAAUUCAUUUAAACAAGACCAUCACUGCAUAAAUGGCUUUAUCACAACAGAAUUCUCAUUAACAGAUAAACUAUGUCAAUGCUCAUUGAAACUACACACAAAUUAAAUAACAACCCAUCAUUAGAUCUUUCCUUCGGCAAUUAUCUCACCGGUCAAGUUACUAUGUACAAACAUCUGGGUCUUACCGUGUACAAUGUACUCUCAUGGAAACCACGUGGAAGUCACCUCCGUUCCAAAAUUGGUCAUGCUGUUUCUGUGCUUUCCGGAACCAGAAAAUUCAUCAACACUUUGACUUCCAUUCUCCUAUGCAACUCAAUUUCUCCCUCAUAUUAACCAUGGAGGUAUAUAUUAACUAAUCUGAUGUAAUGCGUGGGACUACAGCUCUGUUUCCACCAUCAUAUGCACCACACUCAAACAAUUAAAUGUCAAGGGUGCAUUACUUGGUUGCCUCCUUCAGAGCGGCCGUCGGCACUGCUCCGGGCUACCUGCAUGCUCUCUUUAUCCAUUGUUCCUGUGCGUAACAUCAUUAGCAGAUCCUUCACCUGGGGUCUUUAUUCACUCCCACGUCAUCUUACCGAGCUUUUUAAGAAUAGUUUCAGUUAUAAUAGUACCAACAUUUUUAAAAUUCAAUAUCAGGAACACGGUUUCAUACUCUGCUUUCAAACGUAAUAGAAAUAUAGAUAGGGUUAAUAUUAAUAAGCUAUUUAAAAUGUCGAGGAUUAGCCAAACUAAAGGACACAAAUUUAAGGUCUCUAAGCCGAAAUUUAAACUAAAUGUUAGAAAAUCUUCAUAUGUAGUUAGAGUAGUGAACGAUUGGAAUCAAUUACCAAAUCAGAAUGUAGGUAAGAAUGGCCCCGGAAAAAAUGGCCCCAGAAAAA